UAGUUUUAAUUUAAAAGAAAAUUAAAUUUUCUUCAAUAUUGUGCCAAAGAUUUUUCCAUCAAUAAUUUGCCUAUAAUAAAUAUUUUGUAUGAAACAAAAAAUAAUAACUGUGAUAUAUCAAAAAAAAAAUACAUAAAUGUUGCUAAAUAAACAAUCUUCUAUUCGGUGUUUUUUUAUUUUUUUACAAAUUGCAUUUUCUUGUUUAUUAUCUCGUCUAUUUUGAGUUGUGUUUUUAAUUCGUUUUGAUUUUAAACAAUGUGGAUUAAAUGAAGAGUCUAGGAUCAGACAAUUACACAGACGCCAGCGGAAUGCCUCAUUUUGGUUUAGGUGGUGGUGGCGGCGGAGGAGGCAAUGGCGGCAAUGGUGGCUACGCACAAACUCCUCCAAGUCCGCCACAACAUCAACAACACGGUGGCAAUGCUCUAUUGCCACCAAGUCCGCCACAACAUCAUUUGGGUUUAAUGCCGGCUGCCAGGAUGGCUGGCGGCGGUGUUGGCAAUGUUGUUGUUGGUGGAGCCGGCCUUUUGCCAAGUGGAUCUGUGGUCCCGAAUUCAAUUUAUAGGCCACACAUUGAGGACAAAAAGCUGACGAGAGAUGCAAUGGAACGAUAUAUGCGCGAGCGAAAUGACAUGGUUAUUGUUAUAUUGCACGCCAAGGUCGCUCAAAAAUCCUAUGGCAAUGAAAAACGUUUCUUCUGCCCACCCCCAUGCAUAUAUCUCUUUGGUAGCGGCUGGCGUAGACGCUACGAAGAGAUGCUACAAAAAGGCGAUGGCGAACAAGGUGCUCAACUUUGUGCAUUCAUUGGUAUUGGCAAUUCAGAUCAGGAUAUGCAACAACUUGAUCUAAAUGGAAAACAAUAUUGCGCCGCCAAGACACUAUUCAUCUCCGAUUCGGACAAACGAAAACAUUUUAUGCUCUCGGUAAAGAUGUUCUAUGGAAAUGGCCAUGAUAUUGGAGUAUUUAAUUCCAAACGCAUCAAAGUCAUAUCGAAACCGUCCAAAAAGAAACAAUCUCUGAAAAAUGCUGACCUUUGUAUAGCGAGUGGGACAAAUGUGGCGUUAUUCAAUCGACUUCGAUCGCAAACUGUAUCAACGAGAUAUUUACAUGUGGAGAAUGGCCAUUUUCAUGCAAGUUCCACUCAAUGGGGAGCAUUUACGAUACAUUUAUUGGAUGAUAAUGAGAGUGAAUCUGAAGAGUUUCAGGUUCGUGAUGGUUAUGUGCAUUAUGGUGCUACUGUUAAGCUAGUGUGCUCAGUCACCGGAAUGGCUUUGCCACGUUUGAUCAUUCGCAAAGUUGACAAACAAAUGGCACUAUUAGAAGCCGAUGAUCCUGUUUCGCAGCUUCAUAAAUGUGCAUUCUAUAUGAAGGACACUGAUCGGAUGUACCUGUGUUUGUCUCAGGAGAAAAUUAUACAAUUCCAAGCGACGCCAUGUCCCAAAGAACCAAACAAAGAAAUGAUAAAUGACGGUGCCUGUUGGACAAUCAUUUCGACUGACAAAGCUGAAUAUCAAUUUUAUGAGGGAAUGGGACCUGUUUCUUCCCCUGUGACGCCGGUGCCAAUUGUCAACUCUCUCAAUCUAAAUGGUGGUGGUGAUGUUGCAAUGUUAGAGUUAAGUGGUGAUAAUUUUACUCCACAUUUGCAAGUGUGGUUUGGUGAUGUUGAAGCUGAAACAAUGUAUCGAUGUACAGAGACGCUGUUGUGUGUUGUACCAGAGAUUUCACAAUUUAGAGGCGAAUGGCUCUGGGUUCGCCAGCCAACACAAGUGCCUAUCUCUCUAGUUCGAAACGAUGGCAUCAUUUAUGCCACUGGACUAACAUUCACUUACACUCCAGAGCCUGGACCACGUCCACAUUGCAAUCAAGCCGAAGAUGUUAUGCGUACGAGACAUAAUAACAAUAACAUCAGCACAAUGAGUAACAAUAAUGCUUCGAUGAAUAACCAUCAUCAGCAACAGACACAACAACAACAGCAACAGCAGCAACAACAUCAGUCUUUGCCGUCUAUAUCCGAUGUCCAAUGGAAUACACAUGGUGGGCUUCCUUGAGAUUGUCGGCAACAAUCCCUGGCAUUUUUCCUUAUCUCGAAUUUGAAUUUACUAACUGAAAAGUAUUUUUAUA